ACACUUGAAUCUACUUACGAUGAAUUACCCCCUGUGUGGUUCCCCUCACAACCAUAAUAAUAAAAAUAUAAAAUAAAUUGUGCGAAGGAAAAUUGUGCGAAAAAUAGCAUAAGAGCUGCGUUUUAUUAUCUUAAUCUAGUGCAAAAGGAUCAAGGCUUAUCGUGGCAAAUACACCAUGAACUGCUAAACGGGGAGCUGCUGCUGACUGUGAGCGAGGAGUACCCCCCGUACGUAUCUUCUUCACACAGCUGAGUGUGACCAUAACGAUUGUGUAGUGCAGCUGCUAUGACUACAUCGGCGUUUCUGUUGCUGAAGCUGUGCAUCAUCAUCAUCAAUUGAGGGAGAGAAGAGAGAUUCUUUUCACAAACAUCAAAACACAAGGAAGAGGAGAGAAUCUGUGUGGUGUAGCAUAAGAAAAGCUAAAGAGUAAAGUGUGACAGAGAGGACAAAGUUAUCUAUAUACAAAAUGGAAAUUGUCUACUUGAUCACAUUGACUAUGGCGGUGCUUGUGCGCGAAAUUGCGGGUGAUAUUCUUGUGUAUCCGAAGAUUGUGAAUCAAAUUGUGGCUCAAUUUCACGAUAUGCCCGCACACUUUGGUCCAUCUUUCUCUUCACCCGGCCUCCGGGCUGUUGCCAUCAAUGCAACCCCUACGAAUGGCUGUCAACCUCUUAGUCCACCACCAAAAUUGCAAAAUGAUUCACAUCCCAUAAAGUAUGUUGCCCUCAUAGCACGAUACAAUUGCAGCUUCGAGGAUAAGAUAAAGAAUGCCCAAAAGGGCAAUUACGAUGCUGUUAUCGUGUACAAUCUCGGAAGUGACGAUUUGGAACAGAUGUCCGUCAAGGAUCCAGAUGAAAUUUUUAUUCCGUCAAUGUUUGUGGGUGAGAAUACGGGAAAGAUUAUCCUGUACAACUAUCUCAAUGAAGACGGAUACCUAUUGGUGCUCAACGAUGAUCUCCCAUUCAACAUAAACACCCACCUCAUAUUGCCCUUCUCCAUCGUCGUGGGGCUGUGUUUCGUUAUAAUGAUCGGCUUUAUGGUGGUCAGAUGCAUCCGUGAUCAACGCCGUCUCCGUCGCCGUCGUCUACCAAGUAGUGUCCUCAGGAAGAUACCAAUGAUUAAGUUCUCGAAGCAAUGUAACUACGAGACGUGCGCAAUAUGUCUCGAGGAUUACAUUGAGGGUGAGCGUCUUCGUCUUCUCCCGUGCAGUCAUGCCUAUCAUCCCAAAUGCAUUGAUCCAUGGCUCACGAAAAAUCGCCGUGUAUGCCCCAUUUGCAAGCGGAAGGUUUUCGGGAGGGGUGAACGAAGACGCCCACGUAGGCAACGAUCGUCAUCAGACAGCAUGUCCUCAUCGGAGGUAGAUGAUACUACACCAUUACUCAAUCCCGUUGGCAAUGCAUCCCAUGGCACGUUUGGAUCUGCCGCACGGGAUCGAGCUGCAGAUUCACACACACCACCAAGUGGUCCCACACCGAGGGUGAACCCCUUCGAUCGUGUCCCAAAUCUGCCACCUCAGGUUGUUUUCAACGAAGCAACAGGACGUCCUUGGGGCUUUCUCCUCAGGCUCUUUAGCAGGCGCCAGUCACUGCCUGAUUCCAAUUCGAAUCCACGUGGGAAUGAUGGUGAGAUUGAGAGGGGAGAGAGGCAAAUACGGAUUCCCACACGCUCAGCGUCCAGCAAUAAUGUUUUGAAUGCCAAUUUGAGUGGAUCGCUGAGGAGUGAGGAUGAUGAUGACAGUGAUGGACCAAUUUUUGCACGCCCUCCAUCGACCAUUGGGCAGCAGAGGCAGCCACAACAACAGUCAGCUGCUGGUGCUGCGGAACGAUCAAGUGGGGGAAAUAGAAUGCUGAGAAUUGGCGUUGCUGCCAUUCCGAAUACCAACUUCCCUUCGCCAUUGCAGGAGCGGGCAAGGUAUCACAGGGCUAGAACAGCUGCCUCACGAACGACCAACAACAGCGAUGACUACGUUGUGUGAUUGAGCACCUCUCUCCCCCUCCUCGCUCCAUGCGUACAUACGAUGUCUCCCAGUCCCACAAAGACGGUAGUGCGAUAUGAAAUAAUUAUUUUAAAAGUUGUAAUGUAGAAAUAAAACACAAAAAAUAAGUGAAGGACGCGUAGAACGUGUGUGUACCUUGUGCUGAAAUUAAAGGAUUAUUUGAUAAAUAGAGAAAAAAAAAGACGAGGGGAAAAUAUUUUAUGAUAAUUGUGAUUUUAAAUUGCGAUUUUUACUAUAUACAUAUUAGUUGUUUUGGCGGAGGAUACAGUGAAAGAGAAAUAAAAUCAGAAGAAGACAGAAUUCUCCCUAUAUACUUCACAUAUACACCGUAUAUAGACAUUAUAUGACUAUGUAUGAAAUAAUUAAUGAUUAAGUGAAAUGAACGUUUACUAUUUUUUUUUUGUAAAAAGAACUAUCGGAAUGAGAAGCCAUCGUGCUUAAAAUUUAGCAAAGAGAAGCUGCAAAUUGGAUUAUUUUAUUAAAAUUUUCUGUUACUAAUUAUAAUAAUAUGUAUAGUUACAACAAAAAAAAAACUCUAUGUAAUAUGUAAUGUUAUAAAAGUCGAAAUUUAAUAUAAAAAUGCAAUCUAAUGAAUCUAAUAAACCUUUUUCAUUCACAAA